CAGUACCUUGGUGGUACUCUAAACUUUGCUUGUCUCGUCUGUAAUACGAAUGUAACUGAUACACCUUUAAUGGAUGUGUAAUUGGAUGUUGAUGUAUCAUCCGUCAUGAAUUUCCAUCUUUUAUUCUGGACUCAAUUCAUGCUGCUAGCGUCGAGAGGAUCAGGAAUAUUCGGACAGUCGCCAGGUGACGUGAGACUGGUUGAUGGCAGCUCUUCUCUAGAAGGAAGAAUAGAAGUAUAUUAUAAUGGUGUUUGGGGGACGAUAUGUGACAUCGGAUGGGAUAGCACGGAUGCUAAUGUUAUCUGCAAACAAUUAGGUUUCCAAAUUUCCUUGGGAACGAAUAUCCCAAGAUUCGGGCAAGGUCCGUUCACACAGACUGUCUGGUUAAUGAAUGUCCAAUGCGAAUCUUCAGAUGAAAGUCUUAACGAUUGUGUUACCAGUGACCAGUGGGGACAGGCUUCAGCAUGCCCUCAUAGUAGAGAUGUGGGUGUUAGAUGCUCAGGUCUAAACGUUGGGAUUGCACCGAAUUACCAAGGAUGUUACCGUUUCGAAGAUGCACUUUUAUCAACAACAGCAAUUUCUUUUCAGUUAAACACGAUUGAAACAUGUUUAGAACACUGUUCAAGGGAUUCUCUGUUUGCUGGUCUAUAUGGAACAACAUGUGCCUGUGGUGAUCAGAUCCAACAACCUGCCCAGUCUGUUGAUAACACCAUGUGUAAAAUGCCCUGUCCGGGUAAUUCUGCUCAGCUUUGUGGUGAUGACGAGACUAAUAGUGAAUUUGUAUCCACCUAUUCUGUAUCUAUUGGAGAUGACUACCUAGCAUCGCUAUGGUUUCCCGGUGAUUACGUCAUAUCUAGUUCAUCUCAACCAGCCAACCUCGUCUCCAGAAUCAAUGUGACUGCAUCAUCGGGAGGGAUCCUGAUUCAGGUCCUUGCUCUAGACCUCGCCCCAGGAGACACACUGACUGUGGAGGUUGGAGGUAUGACAUUUAACCCUACAGAACCAGGUGACACUGUGCUGUCCGGGUUAUCAACCACACCAACAACUAUAACUGCGACGUUGAUGAGGGCUGCGAACUCACCUGGGGCAUCGGGGUACCUUAUCACCUCUGCCGAACCUCCUUCUACAACAACGACCCCGAUUCCUUCAACUACUAUGGCCACAAUACCUGCAUCUCAUAUCACUGCGACAGCAACAGCUGAUCCCUCAGUUGUAACCACACCGUCCACAGCAUCAACUGCUACAACACCUGUAGCAACCAACCAAGGAAUGGAUGAGAUCACGUCAGUUGCGUCAGCCACCCAACCCCCUGGCACUACAUCUUCUGCGGUUCCUGUAUCAACAACUACAACCACUGAUGCUGCAAAUGCAAACGUCUUCGAGACAACUAGUACACAACAAAUGUCACCGGGCUCUAUCAAUCAAACCAACCCUACAGAGAAUGAUGAUACGAAUGGAUAUUCGACUUUCUCUCCCGAAAAAUCAACAUUGUCUUUAAUUAACAAAUGCAAUCAGACAUCAGAAGUACAGUACAUGUAUGUCCAAGGAGAGCGAUUUUUUCUUAUCAUCGUGGUGGUAAUUCUGUUGCUGUAUGCCGUGGUUGUUACUAUUGUUACGAUCGUCCUUAUUCGGCGGAGACGCAAAGGACUAACUUUGGAGAUUGAAGGUAAUGUACCUGAUCCAUACAUAGAGCUGCUAGCCAGACGUGACGGAGACAGGGUAUAUCAGGAGAUGGCUACCAACUCAAAGACUUUACCCGAGACCCCAGAAGAUAGAUCUCUACCGCUAGAACCACUCGAUCCGGUUUACGAGAAUCAAGUUGCUGCUAUGUACCAUCAAUUCAAAACCAAUGAAGGAACAUAAGAAACGGUUUCCUCCCUAAUUCAAGGAGGUUAAAGACCUAUAAGGGAUAAUUUUCGACCAUAUUGUAGUUUGAAAUGUAGUUUGGUCAUGAUGGUAGGGAACUUGUUCAAUGGGUUGAAUUACUUUCUCUAAAAGGGCAAAAUAGAUUGGAGACUAUUGCGUUAUAUGCCGCGACUGGGGCUAUUUUUGAUUACCACGAAGCGCGGACCCCCCUGGCAUGAAAGGUAUAGCUUAAUGAUCUACAAAUUAUGAAUCAUAUGAGAAGAAUUCGUGAAUCAAUUUUAUAAAUAAAUUACUGAUUCGACUACAGCCGUUUCGUCCACUUCCCUUUCCGUCUCAUACAUCAUGGUUUAAUCCUACAUUCACGAUAUUACCACCAGGGCCAUUAUGAUGUAUGUGUAGAAUAUACUCUUAUACCGUAUUGCAAAACCCGUACGGUGUAUGCGUAGAUGUACCAUCUUACCAUAUUCGUAUUACCGAUGAGAAGUGUGUAAUAUCUUCGUAAAAUAACGUGCCGAAUAUAAAAAAAAUCACAUGAAAUAAUGGGUUUAAUCACAUUUUAAUAAAUCUUACUUAAUUAGAUACUUUUACUAUCUGUUUAAAUGGGGCAAGAACUCAAUCUUCAUUUCAAUUUGCGAAUAAUGUACAUCUUGUAGAUUUACCCUUUUGCCAUGCAAUUAGUCAGGUUCACCUCGUUAAUUUUUUUUUAGCUUUCGCCGGAUUUUUUUGGAGAAAUUUAAAACGAUAUAUUUUUGAAAAGGUAAUAGUAUAAGGAUUCAGAAUGACAAUGUUUCCAUUUGCACCGUGACCUAUGUGGCCGCCAUCUUGGAAUUUAAAAAUGGCCACCAAAAAACAAGGUUUUCGACAAUAUCUCGGCUUCCGAGUAUCCUAGAAUCAUGAUUUUGACACCGAAACCGCAUUUCAUCAGGUCAAGGAAUCUAUUUGUAUCAAAAUCAACAACUUAAUUC